UGUCAAUAGGCGAAGAGGAGGGGGGAGUUCUUAUAUAAACACAACAAACCUUUGUUCGUCGACGAAAUUAAAAAUUGUUUUGAUUGACUAGUUUUCAUUGGUAAUAGUGCGUUUAUGUUAUAUUAAUUAUUCGAAUAUUUUGUUUAAACUCGCGCAAAAUGGCUGAGGCACCCGUGGACGAGCCCGUGCCGUCCUCUAGCAAGAGUCCCGUACCAGAGGACGCGCAAGAGGACGAAGGGCCAGCGCCCAAAAAACGUAAAACUGAUACUGAGGACACGGACAAGUUGGAGCACAGGCUCGGGGGCAUCCUGUGCUGCGCAGUUUGCCUCGACCUGCCGCAGGCGGCCGUGUACCAGUGCAGCAACGGUCACCUAAUGUGUGCACCUUGCUUCACUCACUUGCUGGCGGACGCUCGCCUGCGAGACGAGAGCGCCACGUGUCCCAACUGCCGCAUCGAGAUCUCCAAGACCUCGGCCUCCCGCAACCUCGCGGUAGAGAAGACCGUGUCGGAGCUGCCCUCCGAGUGCCGGCACUGUGCCAAGGUGUUCCCGCGCCACUCGCUGCAGCAUCACGAAGAGAAAAUUUGUGAAGACAGGCAGUACAAGUUUUCCCAAGUGGUUGUUGAUUCGGAAGCACGUAGCGUGUUCUCUGGUUUGGUUCGCAUUGUGGCCAGGCUGUACUGGCUGCUGGUGUCCGCUCUCAGGAGAACGUACCUCGUCUCUGAGCUCACGGACUCGUCGGUCAAGCGCCGUAGGUACCUCAGGGUGACGGGGUGCCGCUACGCGUGCCUGGGCUGCGGCUGGCGCGGCGCGGCGGCGAGCGCGGCGGCGCACGAGGCGGCGUGCGCGCACCCGCGCCAGUGCGCCGCCGACCUGGUGGAGCUACUGCAGCAGCGCGAGCGCGCCGCCGCCGACGCCCUGCUGCUGCACACCCAGCUGCUGGACCUGCUCUCCUACGAGAAGAUCACCUUCACAGAUUUGCAGCUGAAGCCGUACCGCACAGAGGAGCUGCACAAGCUGUACUACGAGACGUCGCGCUUCUCGGCCUUCGGGCACCAGUGGCUCGUGAAGGCCUUCGUCAACAAGCACCAGCGGGACCCCACGCAGAGCGCUCAGAGGGAGAUUACGUAUCAGCUGAUCCUGAAGAGCAAGCCGCCGUCGCCGGUGGGCGUGUGGUGGGUGUGGGUGCGCGGGCCGUUCGGCGAGGCGCGCGUGGCGGCCGCGCUCGCGUCGCACGCCUUCCGCGAGGACGAGGCGGCGCCGCCGCGCGCGCUGCCGCUCGCCGACCCCGCCGACGCCAACCGCCUGCUCUCCAACAAGGCCAUCCACUUCAGGUUAAUUAUGUUCUUGUCGGCGAAAUGAUCUCAAUAUUUCCGCGCUUUGGACUGACCAAAGAUCGAUGCGGUUCAUCUGGUUUACAAAUUAAAGCUUAUCACCCACGUGGCUGCGGCGAACAUACCCAGGACAUUCAAGUUCUAUGAAUGCAUGCGAUACCGUGUUCGGCGCGAACCGGUGUGCGGUCAGCUUUAUACGCAACCACAUCGAUUUUUAAUCAAUGAAAAAAAAUAGUUUAAAUUCUAGCAAUAAAUAUAAUUAUUAUUUUAUUUGUAAGUACUUUAAAUUGCACAUUUUAUUUUUCAGAUUAUGUUUAUUUUAUUAAUGGAUUUUAAUUUUUAAGAGCCUUACAUAUUGUAUUUUUAUAAAAGUCUGAUCACAAACUUUUUAUUAGUGACUAUAGAAGUUGAGUACAAAUUAUUUAAUAUAUUGAAUUGCAGCCCCAAACAAGAGCUGUUAUAGAUUCAGUUAGAAUUAUUUUAGAUUGAAAAAUGGUUGAAAUUGAUUCUGCGGAAUGAUUGGUUCUAGAUAAAAAAUAUCUAGAUAAUAGAUAUUUAUUUAAAUUUUAGUUUUCAACCAGCUGCUUUUCUACUAAUAACCAAAUAAUACAGACUCCUUCCUACCUGACUACACUUUUAAUUGGACAUAAGUUGGACCUGUUACGUGAAAAUAAUCGAACUCACACAGAGUUAAUUUUAAGAUCAUAAAGUAUACUGAGAGUUUAAAAUUGACUCUGUAAUGGUUUACACUAUCGAUAUUCGACGAAUUAAUUUGGCACACUAUUCGAGAUACAGCGAAUGUUUUGUGUUUAUAUAUUUUGUAUUUUUAAAUAAGUUUGGCAAAUCAACCGUCCGACGACAUCUUCUAGAUAAACGCGUCCCAUCUUGGCCACAUCAUCACUUUUCAUCAGGUGUGAUUGUGGUCAAGCGCUUGCCUAUAGGCAGGCAUUCAUCCAAACUAAUACUUAAAUGAGAAAGUGUGUUUAUCUGCUCGUUUCACGGCCCAACAGUCUAACCGAUUUUGAUAAAAUUUGGUACAGAGUACAUUACAUUCCGAGGACGGACAAAGGCUACUUUUUGUCC